CACAGAGAGCACUUUGCCUGUGGCCGAGUACCUAUGUGACAAGACUAGCCAGCUUGCAUUUGGAGUUCUCUGCGGGAUGUUGGAGCUGAUCUGACAGAAGGCAGGAAGGCUUGGGAUACUGAAGACUUCAGUUUGAUGGCGCACUUCUCCUGUCGAUGGCGCAACGUGUUCAUCUGCAUGUGCACGCCAUGCAUCUUACUGGUCCUGAUCUUCAUUUACGUUUUGGUGGUUGUCACCAUGACCAUGAACAGCAUGCCACAUGCUGUAGAAAAUGCAAAUUCAUUAGACAAGGCACACUUUAUUGCUCCCGGUGGGUACAAGAACAAGACCUUCGCUUUGACGCCCAAAACUUUUUGGAGGUUUCGUGAAAAAGCAUUCUGGAAUCGGGCUCAAAAUAAAAUGGAUCGUUUUUUUAACCCACUACUACGUCCCCGAAUCACAAGGAGGAGACUUCAAAAUGACAAGGUAUUUGAUUCCCUGCAGAGGUGGAGCAUCGCUUCGGGGACCAAAGCGUUUAAGAAAUGGUUUCAGACGCUGACGGAGCCCAUGCAGACGUUCGUGGCUAACAUGGACAGACGGGAUUAUCCCGUCAUCAUCGAGCCUGAAGCAUGUGGAGCUGGGUCAGAAGUAGAGAAGGAGCCACCUCUUAUUCUACUGGCCAUCAAAUCGACAGAGCUGAACUUUGCAAAUCGCCAGGCCAUCCGCCAUACGUGGGGAAAGGUGGGAUGGGUGGGGUGGCAGAAGAGGAACAGUAGCAGAGAGGAGGCAGACGGGGGCUACAUCAGAAGAGUUUUCCUCCUCGGUAUAGAGAGCACACAAGAGCAGUCUGGCAGAAAAACCUCCCCGAUGCUUCAGAUGGAGAGUCAAUUUUACAAGGACAUUCUUCAGUGGGACUUCCAGGACACCUUCUUCAACCUCACCCUGAAGGAUGUGCUCUUCUGGAGGUGGUUCGCAAAACGCUGCAGCACGACGCUCUUCAUUCUUAAGGGCGACGAUGACGUGGUCGUGAACACGCCCAACAUGGUGGCCUUCCUCCGGGAUAAGCUGAGGGACCCACUCCAACGUAAAAAGCUGGACAGCUUCAUGGUGGGCGAGGUGAUAGACGAUGCAAAACCCAACCGACUCCACAAGUCCAAGUAUUAUGUCCCCAAGAGUUUCUACAUGGGGCUCUACCCACUAUAUGCAGGUGGGGGAGGGGUGGUGUACUCUGGCACACUGGCCCAACGCCUGUUUAACAUUUCAAAGACCCUCCACCUGUUUCCCAUCGACGAUGUUUUCGUGGGCAUGUGUAUGCUGCGACUGAACAUCCGGCCCAUCCACCAUGACGCUUUUCUCACUUUUGACUUUCCCAAGAAAGAGCUGCACCAAGCGUGUAAUUAUCACAGCAUCUUACUGGUGCACAAGAGAAGCCCUAAAGAGCUGUACAAAAUAUGGACAGAAAUUCAGACACAGACACAAUGUUGGCACGUGCCACUGAGGGAAGUCGUGAAAAAGAAAAAGCCUGUGCCAACAGCUAUUCCAGACUGAUGCUCAAGAGUUCUCAAAAGAGAGCCUUUUUUUUUUUGAGUUACAAGUGCUGUUUGACAUACGUUAUCACCAUCUCUUACAUACUUCACAGUCUCAAAUUCUGAACUUGGAAAAACUGGAAACCAAAGUACCCACAAAAGACACUUCUUUGAGCGACUGUGAACAACUGAGUGCAUAUCUUAUUCAGCAAACAAGGCGAGUUUCGAGAAUAAAGAGCUCUUAAACUAUAAAUCACUUCGUCAUAUCUAAAGGCAC